AUGCAGGGCCUCCCCCAGUCUCAAGAGCUUCUCCCCAUUGUCAAGCCUCUGCCGAGAAAGGCUCAACUGUAUAUCGCCGGAGUCCUUCGCAGGCGUCUUCGCGAUGUUCGCAGCAGCGAGAUAACGCCUCAGAUCGAGGUAGACUUCUACGACUCGCUCAUCCGCGGCAUAUUUCGCUUUGUUGGAUCAAACCCAGACCUGUAUCCGGAAACUCUCGAAGCCUGCACAAAGCUAUGCUGGGACACAAAAGCUCUUCAUGCCACCAGUUGGCUCGACUGGGAUGGCUACUUCACAAUGGCAUGGCUCAUGGUCAGGGCUCAAGCUCUGACCGAGGCCAGCAACUUGCUGCAUUGCCUUCCAGCGCCAAUGCUGGUGGUCAUCAUCGCAAUGCGGCAGGUUAUUCUAUAUGACCAGGUGGGACUCGACGACCAGAAAGCCGAGUUCCUGAGAAAGUAUGACUGCAAUCGAAAAGCUGUCACCGCCAUACACUUCUUCAGCGAGCACUCUGACGACGAUGUUCUCCCCUUGGACCAACCAUGGAACGUCUCCCUGGAUGCCGAGCAUCAGCGAAAGCCAAACCGUGAGAUUGGGCAGUCAGCCCCAGCAAACCGCACGCCUAGAAACCUCAACGCUGCUGUCAAUCAUCAAGGCAGAGAGGCUCCGGCCACGGAGGAGUCUCCUAUCCAAAACCUACUUCAACAAAGGAUCCAAGCCAGACAAGAAGAUGCAUCGCGAGCAGCUGCACAAACCAGCCAGCGAGUCGCAACUCCAUUCCCAUUUGCUACCCCAGCGCAGCGUCCGUUUAAAGCACGAUCGGCUUUUAUCAUGUCACCAGACUCGGUUGCAGCAUCAUCUUCCACUCGGGUGCGGAAUGUGUCACCCAGCUUAUUUGUGACGCCGCUGCCGUUUCGAUUAACAGCGACGCCUGCGGCCGUGACACCUGCAGCAGUACGGAUGCGCUCUCAUCCUCCGGCACCUACACCAACAUCGGCCGCGGGAGUAUUUGUGCGAGUACCCGUGCGCCCGCCUCCCCCUCCGCCUACACCAGUGUCAGUGCAGCCGAGAUCUUCCCCGGUGAGGGAGACAACCAAGCGAGUCACCCGUGCCGAAGUCAUGGUGCAGGUGCGGCCUCUCGUGAAUCGACUCAAGCAUGAGGGCUGGAACGGCAGCAUCCAAACGGACAUUAUGCGAGUACUCACCGACAAGAACGUCAGGGUGCUGCCGUACUUUGCAAAGCAGACACUGCGUAUCUGGGCGGAGGCAUCGCGCAAGCACACAAUCGUCGACUGGCUUGGGCAGGCCAAGGCCGAUCUUCAUGACUUUGAAUGGGUAGAAAGGGAUCCUGAGCCCGAGCCCGAGCCGGAACAGCUUGAGCCCGAGCCGGAAGAUGAGUCUGAGCCAGAGCCCGAGCCCGAGGCCGAGCCUGAGCCUGAGGCUGAGCCCGAGCCUGUCUCGCGAGCUUUGAGAAACGCGCCAUCCACCCUUGACGUCUUGCGUGAUCUGGAUGCCGGAAUUGCAAACAUUUCGGAGCCGGAGGUUCGAAAUCGGCUUCAGGCCAAUCUCCGUUCUCUCAAGACCAUCCUUUAUUCGGGAGAAUUGAUCCAAAGGGAGGAGAUGCUGCAUCGGAUCGAUCAACACGACCAAAUCAUCAGAGCGCUGCAGGCCCAGCUGUUAGGCACCCAGCAGACGGCUGUAGAUGCCGUGACCGAACCGCCUGUGGUGGCGCCGGCUGUGGCAGACAGAGUUGUCAUCGUUAUCGACUCAGACGGAGAGGCACCGGAGAGACGGCAGAGGGUGAGGAAAAGGAAGAAGAAGUCUACCAAUACCGAGCGAGGGGAAGAAGGUGUCGAGGAGAGGAAAAAGAAGAAAAGGGAGUCGAAAAACGCCAACGGAGAGGAGAAUGACGCUGGAGUGGGUGAUGUCGAAGAGGGUAGGAGAGGCGGGCGGGAAGCCAAGAGAAGCAAGAAGCAAAAGCCUGGUGAGCGCGUGGCAUGGCGGUCCAUGCGCGAAUCACUCUUGGGAGAGUGUACUGGAGAGGGUUUUUGA